CAGGCUGGGGUGGCAAUUCUUGUUCUCCCCGGCUCAAAGCCUACACGUUGGAGUUCAACCCAGUGGACAAGAGGCUGGUCCUGGGUGGAACAACUUUUAACAGACCGUCUCUCACUCUCAGACAGACACACACACACACACACAGUCUUACACAAACACACACACACUCAGAUCAGCAGCUCGCCGACACUGCGUGUGUUCAUGAGCGCAGCAUAAAAGUGGAGACCAGCUUCCUGUCCAGCACAUCACUUGAAGGUCCUACCAAGAAGACGUCCACCACUAACUGUGACUACAAUGACAACACUCAAUCUCCUCUUCCUGAUCGUCCUCCAAAUACAUCUUUCUGUUCCGCUAGAGGACAACAAGAUCCCUGCCAGUCUGUGUUCGGGUCACCCUGGAAUCCCUGGCUCUCCGGGAGGUCACGGCAGCCCCGGUCAACCGGGCAGAGAUGGACGUGAUGGAAGGGACGCUGCGUCCGGCGAGAAGGGAGAGAAGGGGGACAUGGGAGCUCCAGGUGAGGCGGGUGCACAAGGUCUAAGUGGGGACAGAGGUGACCCUGGAGAGCGAGGGCAGAAGGGCGAGGCGGGACAGUGUGCCGUCUCCCCCAAAUCCGCCUUUAGCGCCAAAGUGUCAGAAGGUCGCGACCUACCCCUCCCCGCGGGCGACACGGUGCUCUUCGACAAGAUCCUCCUCAAUGAGCAGGGCGACUACAACGCCGAGACGGGCCGCUUCACGUGCAAAGUCCCCGGCGUCUACUACUUUGCCGUGCACGCCACCGUGUACCGUGCCAGCCUGCAGUUUGACCUGGUGAAAAACGGACAUGCCGUCGCGUCCUACUUUCAGUUCUUCGGGAAUUGGCCCAAACCGGCGUCGUUGUCGGGCGGUUCCCUGCUCCACCUGGUGCCUGGAGACCAGGUUUGGGUCCAGAUGGCUCUGGGUGAGUACAAUGGAUUGUACUCCAGCACUAAGACGGACAGCACCUUCAGCGGCUUCCUGGUCUACUCGGACUGGAAAAACUCUGCAGUUUUUGCAUGAGCAGUCAAAAACUACAACCUUUACAGUCAAACAUUAAACCACUUUUUAAGCCACUUAUAACUGUGGGUAACUAUCUUACAAGUGUAAGAUGAAGUGCAUUUUUUUUGGUAUUGUAAGUAUCAUUAUCAACUAUCAUUAUCACUGGAAGAAGAGGCUGGACUUGUUGCACACAGAGGAAGAACUAGUUUAAAUAUUGUGUCGAUAUUGUUAAACUGUCAUUAGCACUCAACAUAAAUACAUUGGAACAUUUACAGUUAAUACAUGGGAUGGUAUCGGCCAUCUCACUCAUGGAUGAUCAGUAUGGGAAUUGGCAGCAUAAAACCCUGAUCGAAAUAUCCCAAGUUUUUACAUCCACGCUGUAACUCUGCACUUGUCCUACAGUACAGAUGCAAGUUUGUCAAUCAAAUUGUGAAAAUAAUAUCUACAUAUUGUGUCAAUGUGUGAUAUUAAACUUGUGAUCCAAGCAGCAUUGAAGACAGACAAAAAUAAAUGAAUAAUAAGUUGA